GAAAGUAUGCAUGACAUACUCGGUAAUCGACCUUUGUCCAACAUUUCCGAGAGUGGAGUGGACAUUGGGUUUGACGAGGACGAGGAUGCACCGGAACACCCGAAUUCAGUGGACGAGAGUGUCGUUGGGGAUGAAGUGAGUUCUCUAGCUCGCCAGGAGGAAAUGAACGAGUAUGCAGAUGAAGAUACCUCAUCAUCAGGUGAUACGUCUGAUACUCAAGAAGAAAGCUUUUCAGCCACAGCACCAGAUGUCGACCCACCCAGGAUACAAGGUUACUCUCAAACAAAGAAGAAAGCGAGAGGCACUGUGAUCUCUCAGCAUCAGCAGUUAAUCAUGCAGAUGAUGAGGCAACAAAAUGAAUGGUUUCAAAACCAAAUCCAGCAAUCCGAGCAAAAAGAGGAGAGACUCCUUAGUGCUUUAAUUGAGAGCAAUGUCCGUUCCACCAAGCGCCUGAUAUCAGUACUUGAGGGAUUCCAAAGCACCCAGCCACAGCCAAUGUUUGCACCUCCUUCGCUGCACCCCCAACACUUUCAAUAUUGUUAUCACACACAGCCAUCUAACUCUCCCAUGCAUGGUUCUACUGUGUCAAAUACAGCCACUGCUGAACAUGGGUCAGAAGAAGCAAAUAACAAUGCUCAAUCGUACACUCACCUGUGAGCAGCCUGCCAUUAGGUUAGCAGACAACCUGCUUAUGUAAAAUAGUUUGUGAAUGCCUGUAUUGGCUUGAGUUUAGAUAUGUUUGCCUACCUCAUAUUUGCCUGUGUUACAGGAAAGAAUGUGCCUUGUCUUUUGUUAUAUAAAAUUGCUUAGUAAGUGAAACUUACACCCUGGAUGAGGUUGAAAUGUUUUUUUUAUUUAAACCUCUAUUUUUUGUAAAGUAAUAUUUAACAUAAGUGAGCAGAACUUGAAGAGGUCCCUUUUUCAUUGUCCUUUUUGUUGUCCUUUUUUACACUUCAAACCUGUAUGC